GCGCUCUAGCCAGCCAUGCGUCCAGGCGCUGCUCCCGCACCUAGGUGGCUGCUCUUGGCGCUGAGCGCGCUGCUGUCUCUGUGGCCAGCAGCCAGAGCCUGGGAGCUCACGAUCCUGCACACCAACGACGUGCACAGCCGGCUGGAGCAGACCAGUGAGGAUUCCACCAAAUGCCUCAACGCCAGCCAGUGCGUGGGCGGCGUGGCAAGGCUCUACACCAAGGUGCAACAGAUCCGCAGGGAGGAACCCAACGUGCUGCUGCUGGAUGCUGGUGACCAGUAUCAGGGCACCAUCUGGUUCACCGUUUACAGAGGUCUCGAAGUGGCACACUUCAUGAAUACCCUGCGCUACGAUGCCAUGGCACUGGGAAACCAUGAAUUUGAUAACGGUGUGGAAGGACUGAUUGACCCCCUCCUCAGAAAGGCCAAAUUUCCAAUUCUGAGCGCAAAUAUUAAGGCACAGGGGUGGCUAGCAUCUCAGAUAUCCGGACUGUAUUUGUCAUAUAAAAUUCUUUCUGUCGGUGGUGAGGUUGUGGGGAUUGUUGGAUAUACUUCGAAGGAAACCCCCUUCCUCUCAAAUCCAGGGACAAAUUUAGUCUUUGAAGAUGAAAUCGCCGCAUUGCAGCCUGAAGUAGAUAAACUAAAAACUCUAAAUGUGAACAAAAUCAUUGCACUUGGACACUCUGGUUUUGAAAUGGAUAAACUCAUUGCUCAGAAAGUGAAAGGUGUGGACGUCGUGGUGGGGGGACACUCCAACACCUUUCUUUACACAGGAAAUCCACCUUCCAAAGAAGUGCCUGCUGGGAAGUACCCAUUCAUAGUCACCUCCGAUGAUGGCCGGAAGGUUCCGGUGGUUCAGGCCUAUGCUUUUGGCAAAUACCUAGGCUAUCUGAAGGUUGAGUUUGAUGACAAAGGAAAUGUCAUCAGUUCCCAUGGAAACCCCAUUCUUCUGAACAGCAGCAUCCCUGAAGAUCCAACCGUCAAAGCAGACAUUAACCGGUGGAGGAUAAAAUUAGAUAAUUACUCUACCCAAGAACUGGGGAGAACAAUCGUCUACCUGGAUGGCACCACUCAGACAUGCCGCUUCAGAGAAUGCAACAUGGGCAACCUGAUCUGUGAUGCUAUGAUUAAUAACAACCUCAGACACCCAGAUGAGAUGUUCUGGAACCACGUGUCCAUGUGCAUUUUAAAUGGAGGUAGCAUCCGGUCCCCCAUUGAUGAGAAGAACAAUGGCACAAUCACCUGGGAGAACCUGGCUGCUGUGCUGCCCUUUGGAGGGACAUUUGACCUGGUGCAGAUAAAAGGUUCCACCCUGAAGAAGGCUUUUGAGCACAGUGUGCAUCGCUAUGGCCAGUCCACUGGGGAGUUCCUGCAAGUGGGUGGAAUCCAUGUGGUGUAUGAUCUUACCCGAAAACCCUGGAACAGAGUAGUUCAAGUAGAUGUUCUUUGCACCAAGUGUCGAGUGCCCAGUUAUGAACCUCUGGAAAUGGAUAAAGUGUAUAAAGUGAUCCUCCCAAGCUACCUGGCCAAAGGUGGAGAUAGAUUCCAGAUGAUAAAAGAUGAAUUAUUAAAACAUGACUCUGGUGACCAAGAUAUCAGUGUGGUUUCUGAAUACAUCUCGAAGAUGAAAGUAGUUUACCCAGCAGUUGAAGGACGGAUCAAGUUCUCUGCAGGAAGUCACCACCAGGGAACCCUUCCUUUAGUAAUUCUUUCAUUUUGUGCAGUGAUCCUUGUUUUGUACCAAUAAUGGGAAGUCUCCUUGUCCUUGAUGCCAAACUACAGUUUUUUUUCCAGUGAUAUUCAAAUCUGCUUCUGGAGACCUGGCUCGUAAUGCUGCUUACCGUCCUCAAGGCUCCUGGCCGAUGCUCAGAGCACUUCGCCAGGAAGAGACUAUAACUAUAAUAUCAUUCGUCAGGGCCAGCAUCUCAGUGAGCAGACAGAAAGUCAAAGUGAACCAACAGGGUCCUUUUCGGGGGGUGGGGGAGGACAACUAGAUGUAAUUUACAUAUCCACAUAACACAUUUUGUUAUCUUUGAACCACAAAAAUAAUUUUUUGCUUUCUAUUCACUUCUAAUCCAUCAAACAACUGAUGUUUCCAUAGAACUUUAUCAUUGCCAGCUGUGGUGGCACAUACCUGUAGUCACAGCACUUGGGAGGGGGAAGAGAGUGGCUGCCAAGUUCCAGGCCAGCUUGACCUAUAUAGAGUUUCAGGCCAGUCAGCUAGACAUCAAGACUCUCACAAACAAAACCAUUAUAAUCUACAAGAUGUUUUUAGAUAAGACAAGAGUUGUUUCCUUCAUUUGAUACCUCAGCAGAAAGGGUUGACUUGUCCAAGGCCAUACAUUCCCAAAAGAUCCAUCUAAAACCUGGACCUAGGUCUUUUGACCUCAAAUCCAAUACUCUCUCCCACAUCAAAUCUCCUGCCAAUGGCCCCAGAUGACAAAUCUCUGUUUUAUUUCUGCCCACCACUCUCCUUUCUUUUGGUCUCCCAUUGUCUACCAAUUUUGACAAACUGGAUACUGGACAGAAUAGUGUCUUACAACACCAUGUGCCUUUGAUGAGUCAUCAACACACCAUAAAAGCAGAUAGCACAUUAGUCCAGGGGUUGCAAAAGGCAGUCAGCCAGGGGGCAGGGGAGAAAGGGAAGGGAGGGCAUGAGCAGGACUACUACAUCACAGAAGAGAGGAUGGGCAUUUAGAUGUGUUACAUAAACACUUGCUAAGGAGCAGAGCAUGACUCCAAAGCAGAACACUGGUUCUUGUUAACUCUUGUGAGAUUCCAAAAGCCCAGCCUCUCUAUCUCCUCCUUCUUCCUCACAUGGAGGUGUCAUGAGAGAACUUUCUAAAACAAACUGUAACUCUAAACUUGGACUUGUCCUGCCCAUGAUUCCAAUCAACAGUUUUCAUUCUGAUCACACCAUGUACAUCAUGGAAAAAUACAGUGUUCUGGAAUGCAAGAGUGAUUUUAAGAAGUGGUAUACAUAAAUGUUGAAGUCACUGAGACUCAAAUCCCAAGCAAUCAUUGUAAGGCAUACUCUAGUCCAUAUAUGAGUACCAACAGGACAUGAGGGAUGCCCUAAGAGAUGCCCAUGAGAUUUCCAGACUGAUGAAUAAUCUAUGCUCACAGAACACCUGACUAAGAUGGGCCUGUGACCAAGUGAGCAUGGGAGCUUUCACCUAAACCAUCAAACAACAGCAGAGAACAUGUUCCCUAGUGUUUACAAGUAUUAAGUACUCCUGACACAAAACAUUUUAAAAUUUCCAAUCCUUUUAUGAAGUUCUUUGAAGUAAAACAAUGCCUUCAGUUCUAAGAAUGUAUAGACUAGUUAUAAACAGAAAUGUCAAAAAGACCAUGUAAAGGAUAAAGGUGUAUUUGAGGUAUAUUUUUAUGCUUGCCCAGUAAAUGAGGAGAAAUCUUAUUAUAGCAUAAUUUUUAAAAGAACAUUUUGUAAUUUUUCUAAAUAUGUGUAUAUGUGUGUAUUGUGCCACAGUGUUGAGAAAUGACCUUGGACCACUUUAUAAUUGUAAACUCCAAACAAUAAAGCUGA